UGGUAUAUUAACCCGAUCGAAACGUUGGUUUAGAGGACGGUCGGAGAGAGUGAGUGAGUUCCCUUUUGGGUUUUUGCUUGUACACAGAAUCGUCCGAGUCAACUCGAACGAGUCCUUAGCGUUGUACGGUCUGAACACUCGCACUGGGUUUGUGGUUCCUUCCUCCUCGGCCACUCUUCUUGUGAUUCCGCCUCCACUUUUUGGCCACCGUAACUUCGGGGAUUUAGUUUUUUUUUCAUGUUCAGAUCUCGCAUUGUGAUUUUGUGUUUUGCUACCCGGGCAUGAUGGCCUCCUCAAUAUAGUAAUCGCCCUGCAUCUUUUUUCUAUCUCCAAUCCUGAAUUCGUUCUCCAAAAUUUUCAUUCGAAGGCUCUGAUUAAUGAUCGUUGGGGAACAAGACCUUGGCCUUACACAAUCUCCUCGGGCCAGCUUGCCGAUUUCUGGGGAGGGAAGAAGCUUUCUUCCGCCAUCAUUCUUGCUUCAUUCAGUUGAUGUCUCAAAAGUUGGACAGCCCUGUUCAAACUCAGAUGGCUGUGGCACUGAUGAGGAGUCCCCACAGUGGGGAGUACCAUGGAAACAGCAGAAUCGAAGGGAGGCAACCUGCUGGGAGGAGACGAGUUUUUGUGCAAACAGAAAAUGGCUGUGUCCUUGGCAUGGAAUUGGAUCGGAGAGACAAUGCUCACACUUUGAAAAGGAGGUUGCAGCUUGCCCUUAAUGUUCCAACAGAAGAGAGCUCACUAAGUUUUGGGGACGUUAUUCUGAAGAAUGACCUUAGUGCUGUAAGAAAUGAUUCUCCACUUCUUCUUACUAGGAAUCAAAUGCACAGAAGCUCAUCCACUCCUUGUUUGUCUCCCGUUGGAAGGGAUAUCCAGCAGAGGGACAAGAGUGGUCCUAUUGAGAUAUUGGGGCAAUCAGAUCGCCUGGAUAGAAUGAAAAAACUGGUCAAGGACACUGUGAAGGCAAUUAGGAGGGGGAUUGAUCCAAUCCCUGUUCAUAGUGGUCUUGGAGGUGCAUACUAUUUCCGGAACAGUAAAGGUGAGAGUGUGGCCAUUGUGAAACCAACAGAUGAGGAGCCUUUUGCCCCAAACAAUCCGAAAGGAUUUGUUGGUAAAGCACUUGGACAGCCAGGUUUGAAACGCUCAGUAAGGGUAGGGGAGACAGGGUUCAGGGAAGUUGCAGCUUAUCUGCUUGAUCACGAUCAUUUUGCAAAUGUGCCUCCAACUGCCUUGGUUAAGAUUACUCACUCGAUCUUCAAUGUCAAUGAUGGGGUCAAUGGGACUAAUACUCGGGGGAAGAAUUUGGUAAGCAAAAUUGCAUCUUGCCAACAGUUCAUACCACAUGAUUUUGAUGCCAGUGAUCAUGGGACCUCUAGCUUUCCUGUUGCUUCUGUGCAUCGUAUAGGGAUAUUGGACAUUAGGAUUCUCAACACAGAUAGGCAUGGUGGAAACUUGCUGGUCAAAAAGCAUGAUAGCAUGGGGACAUUUGGGCAGGUGGAGCUCAUUCCUAUUGAUCAUGGGCUUUGCCUACCUGAAGCUUUGGAGGAUCCAUACUUUGAGUGGAUUCAUUGGCCCCAGGCUUCGAUUCCAUUCACUGAAGAUGAGCUCACUUACAAAAAUCUUGAUCCUGCUCAAGAUUGUGUGAUGCUUCGUAGGGAACUGCCCAUGAUACGAGAGGCUUGUCUGAGAGUCUUGGUACUCUGCACUACUUUUCUUAAGCAGGCUGCUGAUUUUGGUCUAUGUCUUGCUGAGAUUGGUGAAAUGAUGACUAGGGAGUUCCGCAGGGGUGAAGAGGAACCCAGUGAACUUGAGGUAGUAUGUUUGGAGGCGAGGAAGAUGCUUGCAGAGAGGGAGGAACUAUCUCCAAGGACUGAGUUGGGAGAUCAGGAAUUCCAGUUUGAGAUAGAUUGUGAUGAAUUUGGGUUUGAUUUUUCUCCCAAGUUGGCUUUGGAUGAUCCUCUAACCAUAGCAACUUUUCAACAUGGAUUUGGGAGUGGACAUGGUCGCAACCCGCUAUCCAAACUUGAUGAAAGUAUUGAAGAGGGAGAGGAAGAAAGUGAUGUGGAAGAUCCAUCAGGGUUUGCCACAUUUUCCUCUCAAACAAUCCAAAAUGUCUCAAAAUUUUCUGUGUCACUGAAAAAUACUAUGUUAGGGGAGAAAACCCAAAAAUAUUCAGGAACAAAAGCGGAUAAUGGCUAUAUUGCAAAUGCAUCCUCUGGGCAUAGGAGUGCCAAUGAGCAGCUACCUGCAAGCAUAAGCUUUGUGAAGCUAGCUGAUAUGAGUGAUGAACAAUGGGCAGUGUUUCAGGAGAAGUUUCAAGAGCUUUUGUAUCCAGCAUUUGCCAAAAGGAAAUCCAUAACCUUAGGUCAGAAGCAGAGACAGAGGCUUGGUACUUCCUGCCAGUUUUGAAGUUGAGCAAGGCCUUGCUAUGAUAAAGGACUUAAGAAUGAAGAACAAGAGGCUUAGGUAUCUCGGACUGAGGGAUUGUAGGAUAUAUCUUGCUUAUAAGACUGUGAUGAGUGCUUGUAUUUGGGAGUGAGGGUGGGAAGAACUGUUGUAAAUACGUUAGCAAUUGCUAUCUUGUUUGCCGGGAAGCGUUUGCUGCAUUUUGAUUUUAUGAUUUCAUUUCUUUUUUCCCUCCAGGAUCAUCUUAUGAUCUGUUCGAUAAAUCAUUUGUAGAAUAAAAUCGUGAAAUGAAACUUAUGUAUAUAACGAAUUCUGUA